AUGGCUGCUAGUGCACCUUUUGAUAAAGUCGGGGAGUUUAGUCCCGAGAAAGAGAUGUUCAGCGCCUAUGUUGAAAGAGUUGAGAUGUUUUUCACUGCAAACGGUAUCGUCGAAGGAGCGGGCGAACGUCAAGAGGCGGCCAACGAACUGGUCAGAGAAAGACAAAGGGCAAUUUUUCUCACAGAAGUUGGGCCAGAAGUUUAUUCUACACUAAGCAAUCUUGUGGCGCCCACGAAACCAAAGGAAAUUCCACUGACCGAAAUAAUCGAAUGUCUGGAAAAACACUACAAUCCGCGUCCACUCGAGAUUGCCGAAAGUUUUCACUUUGGCACACGUAAUCAAAAGCAAGGUGAAUCCGUGAAUGACUUCAUUGUUGCAUUAAAGAAGUUGUCUAUACACUGCAAUUGUGGACUGUUUUUGGACAGAGCUCUGAGAGAUCAAUUUGUUUGUGGUCUCAACAAUGUCAAGAUACAAAGCAAGUUGCUGAAUACCGAAGACCUUACGUUUGAUCGAGCAUGUCAGAUUGCAAAGUCCAUGGAGAUGGCUGAGAGGAAUUCACAAGAAUUUCACCCUGCUGCUGCCGUAGGAGAAAGUGAAAGAGGAACUGUUAACCAACUUAAAACUGAGAAAGUUAGCGCAAAGGAACACUUGUCCAACAAAUCAUGUUUUAGAUGUGGAGGAAAACACAACUGUAAUAUUUGUAAGUUUAAAAAUGCUAAAUGUUUUAGGUGUUCAAAAAUAGGGCAUAUCGCCACAGUAUGUCGUGCUAAAAGUGAAGAAAACAAAGUCAACUCGUUUUCGCCUAAGGGUAGCAUUCAAAACAUGCAAAAUAAUGAUGAAUAUGAUGAACUGGGUAUAUUUUCUGUCGAAACCACUGUGUCGAAGAAUCAUGGGUACAAAGUUAACAUGUCACUCAAUGGUUGUAUGUGCGAGAUGAAAGCGGAUACUGUAGCAGAUCGCUCAAGUAUGAGUAAGAGUACCUACUUACUAAAAUUUAGUAACUUCUCCCUUGCACCUUCAAACGCUAUACUUAAGACCUACACGGGGGAGCUGGUAAAUGUGUGUGGAGAAAUGAGAUGUGAUGUGGUGUAUAAGGGCCAAACUUACUCGUUACCCUUGUUAGUUGCAGAUUACACAGGGAAACCAAUUUUUCUUGGGAGGGAGUGGCUUAGUUGUAUUAAGUUGGAUUGGGAAAAAAUCUUUCAGAUUAGAAGCCCAGAACCUCAUGGAAAGACAAGUCAGCUUGACAACUUAAUUGCAAAGCACAAUUUUCUCUUUGAGGAUAGUUGUGAAGGUCCUAAGGGGUUGGAAGCCCAUAUAACUGUUAAAAAAGCGGCAAAACCUGUUUUCUUUAAACCCAGAAAGGUGCCAUAUGCCUUAAAAGAUGCAGUUGAGAGUGAGCUAGAUAAGCUGGAGAAGAAUGGUGUCAUAAAGAAGGUUGAGAGGUCUGAGUGGGCAAGCCCAAUAGUAGUAGUAGUACCCAAAGCUGACAAAUCAGUCAGAAUAUGCGGUGAUUAUAAGGUCACUAUAAACCAGUCAGUGGAGGAUGAACCAUACCCUCUUCCAACUACACAUGACUUGUACAAUGCUCUUAGAGGCUCCAAAGUUUUUAGCAAACUUGAUUUGUCGCACGCUUACGCUCAACUUAGUGUUGUCAAAGAAAGCCAAGAAUACCUUACCAUAAAUACACAUAAGGGGCUGUAUUCUUACACCAAGCUUCCUUAUGGGGUUAAAUCCUCCCCAAAACUCUUCCAGGCAAAAAUGGACCUUAUAUUACAGGGAGUAGAAAGGUGUGUUUGCAAGCAAGAUGAUAUUCUCAUACGUGGUGCAGACUCUCAGGAAAAUCUGAGAAUCCUUUCAGAGGUAGUAGAACGCCUGCACAAAUAUAAUGUACACUUUAAGCUAUCCAAGUGCGAAUUUCUCAAAAAAGAUGUAAUUUACCUUGGCCUACGAAUAAGUGAAGCUGGACUACAGCCAGUCGAAGAAAAACUUGAAGCAGGUAGAAAAGCACCAGUACCAAGUGAUGUCAGUGAGUUAAGGUCAUUCCUGGGAAUGAUCCAAUAUUACCAUUCCUUUCUUCCAAACCUAGCGAGUACUCUAGCACCCCUUCAUGAUCUUUUGAAGAAGGGAAAGGCAUGGGUUUGGACUACUGAGUGCCUAUGA